CGAGCAUGAACAGGGGAGGAGUAGAGAGAGAGGAGAGAGAGAAUUCCAAGCAGGCUCUGUGCUGUCAGCAUGGAGCCCAGCAUGGGGCUCAAUCUCAUGAACUGUGAGAUUAUGACCUACACCAAAAUCAAGAGUAGGACGCUUAACCGACUGAACCACCCAGAUGCCCUGGAUUUUCUGGAUUCUUAAAAGAUUUUAUCUGAAUAGGUCUGUUUAUAAAAUUGUCUUUCUGUGUUCUGAGUGAUUAUGUUACUUUAAUACAAAAUAAAACAAAAUUCUCAAAAGUCUAGUUCAUGUACCUAGUACCAGUGUAAUAUCUCACAGACUAGAGGGUAAAUGGACUUGAGACAAAUGUUAAAACCUGACUUUGGGGAUGGGGCUGGGAAAUAAAGUCCAUUUUAGUAAUAGAUUUUUAUCUUUAAAUUGGGUAUUUGCUUGGUUACAAGAGGAUUAAUUAUAAGAAUCUCUUUCUCAAGUAGUCUCAGCUUGAACAGAUAAAUAUAGAGCACCAGUGUUGGGAGAGGGAAUGCUGUAGAAAAUGUGUGGGUAGCUGUUGUAGUUUUACAUAGCAGAUAACAUCUAGGAUAAAGAAUAGAUGAAAAUGCUCAUUGAGGAUUAGUGUUCUUGAAACAUCAUCAAAUACAACAUUCCCAGGCCUACCAUUCACAGCCAUUCAUAAUCUUGCCCAUCCUGCGUAUCCAAGAUAUUUCCCACUGAGCUCAACACACUUUUCUUCAAUCUUGUAUUUCUGUGUUUGCCACACUAUUCCCAGUGCCAUUCAUUUGAUCUCAUCCUUUAGAAGGCAUGUGUUUCCCCUUCUGCACCCCUGCAGAAAGAUGGAUUCUAGUUUAUCUUUUCAGUACUCAAGUGCCGUCUUCUUCAUGAAGUGUCUCUGACCUCUCUAGUCCACAUUGAUCCUUUUUUUCGUUCUUAACUCCUACAGCAGUGAUACUUUCACUUUCUUCCAGCUGGUUCCUGACUUUACAUUUAUGUAGCAGUAAAUAACUUUUUGAGUUUUUAUUGAGUGCUUCUUGCAUAUGCAGCACUACUACUCUAAAUACUGGGUCUAAAGGAUGAAGACAGAAAAUGUCCCUGUCCUCAUGGAGUUUAUAUUCUUGUGGGGAGAGACAGCCAAUAAAGAAAAUAACUAGCAAGAAAACAUCAGACAGUAAGAAUCUUAUGAGAACAUCUGUGAAGAAUGAAUCAGAUAUCUUAGUUGCAAGUGGUGGAUCCCAUUCUAGUUAGUUAAAGCAGAGGAAAAAAAAGUAAGGGUAUUACAUAGCUCAUAGAUUCUUUAGGGGAAAGUGGAGAAUCAUUUUGGAGACUGCUUAGUUAGGAACAAUGCCUAAAUUAUAACACUGGGCUCCAUCAUUGGAGAUAUUACUUCUUUUGUCGCAGAACAGGUAUUGGAAUUUGCACUGUCUGUGCUGAGUAUGAGAUGUAACUGCUAGGACAUCUGUCAUUUCGCCUUCUGAAAGGAAGGUAUAUCUCUCUGAAAUAUACUUCAGAAUAGACUAAACAUGGUGUCUCCAUUAUAUCACUUGCUUUCUAACUGAAAUACCGUGUGAGUGUGUUUGGUUGGGAGAACGUAGGUCACAUACCCACUUCCUGUUUACAGAAGAGGCCGAGGAAGUGAAUUUCUGACUUAUGUUUUGGGAAGGCACGACUUAGGAGAUGAGAAAUUUUCCAAACAAGGAAAGCGGUUUAAAGGUGCACCAGAGGCUCUCUUCCUGGCAGAAUUUGGGAGUUGUUUAUUGCAGUACUGUUGUGCCCUCUGAUGAUGUGACAGUGGUGUAUCAAAAUGGGUUACCUGUGAUAUCUGUGAGGCUACCAUCCCGGCGUGAACGUUGCCAGUUCACACUCAAACCUAUUUCAGACUCAGUCGGUGUGUUUUUACGACAACUUCAAGAAGAGGAUCGGGGAAUUGACAGAGUUGCAAUCUAUUCACCAGAUGGCGUUCGAGUUGCUGCCUCAACAGGAAUAGACCUCCUACUCCUUGAUGACUUUAAGCUUGUCAUUAAUGACUUAACAUAUCAUGUACGACCGCCAAAGAGAGACCUCUUAAGCCACGAAAAUGCAGCAACACUGAACGAUGUAAAGACACUCGUCCAGCAGCUAUACACCACACUGUGCAUCGAGCAGCACCAGUUAAACAAGGAAAGGGAGCUUAUUGAAAGAUUAGAGGAUCUCAAACAGCAACUGGCUCCCCUGGAAAAGGUACGAAUUGAGAUUAGCAGAAAAGCUGAGAAGAGGACCACUUUGGUGCUAUGGGGUGGACUUGCCUACAUGGCCACACAGUUUGGCAUUUUGGCCCGGCUUACCUGGUGGGAAUACUCCUGGGACAUCAUGGAGCCAGUCACCUACUUUAUCACUUAUGGAAGUGCCAUGGCAAUGUAUGCAUAUUUUGUAAUGACACGUCAGGAAUAUGUUUAUCCAGAAGCCAGAGACAGACAAUACUUAUUAUUUUUCCAUAAAGGAGCCAAAAAGUCACGUUUUGACCUAGAGAAAUAUAAUCAACUCAAGGAUGCAAUUGCUCAGGCAGAAAUGGACCUUAAGAGACUGAGAGACCCAUUACAAGUACAUCUGCCCCUUCGACAAAUUGGUGAAAAAGAUUGAUCUGCAAAGAGCCUCUGAAUCCUGGCAGAAAGAACACCUGUUUAUAACUAUUGCCUUUUUAAUUAAAGCAUUGCAGGUGGAAGCUGGGAGCCAUGUCGGGGUAGAGGGUUUUUACCUUUAAUUAAAAACAAAAACAAAAAGGAUCUUAGGGAAGAAGGGAAUGUUAAAAUCUGAGGAUCAGGCUUUGUGGAAUGUAAGCUCAAAGGGCUUAGUGAAUAUUGUCUUAAUCAAGCAUCUUAGUUUCUGGAUGAAAAUGAUGCAUUAUACAGUUGAGAGAUUCAUAAAGAGAAAAGGAUGCUGGGGGUGUUCCUUUCUUGCAUCUUCUUUGCAGGGUCAGCAAAACAGUAACACACCAGCACCCCACUCAGCUCUAAUUUUUUUUUAAUUUAACUUUUCUUAUUUUUGACAUAGGAGUAAAUAAAUAUACCAGAAAAGCAAAUCCUCAAGAUAUGUGGGUGGCAAACAGAGUCUGAGCCCGUGCCAUUAGCAUUUAUUUUAAAUUGGACCCAGUCUCUGCAAAGUUACCAGGAAUCUCUCCUAUUUGUGCCCUUUUCUGACCACCCACUCCUGUUGGUUACACUAAUUUUAUCCAUAUGAUAGUUGGAACCAACUUACGACUGUUUGAUAAUUGACACUUUGGAUUAUCCCGUAAUACCUUCUUAAAUGUCUGUAUAUUCCAGUGCUCUGGAUCAGUAUCUAGGAAUCAUUGGCAACACUGCAUGAGGUUGUUUUGUUUCGUUUCGUUUUGUUUUUUUACUAAUUAAUCUUUAAAAGGAGGCAGAGUUUCCCUCCUUUAUUUAACUAUCCUAUUGAUAUUCCUCUCUCCCUCCACAACUCAAAUCAGAGGGGGGCGGGGGGGUUCAGCUGUAUUACCAAAUCAGGAAGAUGUAAGGUUUACAGAUUGGCUAAAAAUCAUGGCUCUCUAGCCAUUUCAGAACCAGAAUAAUUUCAAUGCUGUUAGUCUGCUUGUGUGACAGCAUUCCAGCCCACCCAGGUGGUGCUGCCUUGUCUGGAGAUUUUGUUAAUCUUGAAGGACACACACUUCCACGCUGUUUGUGAGCCCUCCCACCUCCACCACUUUAAUAGUUGUAAAUCAAGUGUGUGGAUCUCAAAGGGUGCAAUUUAUCUUUAUACAAGAAUACAUUUCUAUGGCUUCCUUCAACCUGCCCUCUUCACCCUAUUUUUUCUUAUCUUAAAUUGAGAGAAGGAAGAAUUAAUCUUAUACUCUAUCAAAAUAUUUUCUACCAUACUUCCAGAUGACAUCUGCAGUUGAAGAGUCAAAGGAAUCUGUGUCUAAUAUCCUGUUUUGCACUACGGUGGGGGGCAGGAUGGAAAGGAUGAUGAGGCUUGCCACACAGCUGAUUGGCUUUUUCUUUCACAUGAUUCAUCCCUCCUCAUUGUGGCAAGGAGCUUUCUUUCUCAUUUUCUUCCUCCUUUGGGAUCAUUGUGUAUGAAAAGAAACACUUUAGGCGACAAACCCAGACUCCAGGUGCCUUGUAGAGGUCGAAGGCUAGCCAGGACCGCCGCCGCUGCUGCCGCCACCCCUUCCACUGGCAUGUUGGAAUGAAAGGGCGCAUGUCCCCCCUUCCCUCCCCCCAGUCGUUCAGCCCCUCCCCUCAUUUAUUUUUGUUAAGUUAAUGUGAAUUAUUUUUAAAUCAUUUAUCCUGUUUGUGUGCAGGGUUUUUAAGAAGAAACAGCACAGUGCAAUGAGCAAAUCCUUUCAGGGUGUGUGGGAGGCAAGGGAAGGAAGAUGUGGAGAAAAGUCCUUUACACAAAUAGCAAAAUACUGAACAUGUGUAAAAUCCUGUAUCAUUUAUGAAAUAUGUAUAAAAAGCAAUGUACCUUCUGGAACAAUAAAUACUUAUUCAAUUUUUGAA